AUGCACCACGGAAGGCCCCUAGCUGGCCCAGUUGACCUGGGUGGCAGCCAUUUUUCCCUCUCACGUUAUGGGACCACGAAGUGCCGUGAUGAAACCGAUGAUUCAGGAGAUGAGUCUGCUACCACAACUGAUUCUACAACUGCUGCUGCAAUGACCCCUGUACUUACUGAUACAGCUGUUCUAACAACAAUUCCUACUACUGCUGACAGCACUCUCCCUACAACUGUUACAUCUGAUUUUACAAGCCAUAGUACACUGACCGAUUCUACAGCAGGUGAUACAGCUGAUGCUACAACUGAUUCUACAAUAACUGUAACUGAAGUAGCUGAUUUUACAAGAGAUAUUACAAUAACUGAUUAUGUAACAGAUAUGACAAGUGCCAUAAUACCUGAUAUGACAAUAAUUGAUUCUACAACUAAUGUUACAAUUGCAGCUAUAAUUGAUUCUACAGUAACAGAUGCUAUUACUGACAUUACAAUAACUGACUUUACAACUGAAGCUACACUUGAUUUUAUAAUACUCGAUUUUUCAAUACCUGAAUAUACGACAAAUGCUACAAUAUCUGAUGGCGGCACAACAGAUGGUACAGCUAAUGCUGCAAUAACUGAUCCUAUGGCAAGUGCUACAACUGACGCUACCAUAACUGAUGUUUCUUUAACUGAUUUUAUGAUGGAUGCUACCAUAACUGACUCAGCAAUGGAUGAUGCUACUGAUGCCACAGUUGAUGCUACAAUUGAAUUAACAAAUGGUACCACUACAGCUGAUUCUUCUAAUACUGAUGCUACAUCUGAUACCACCACAGCUGAUCCUACUACAGCCGAUGCUACGACAAAUAAUGUUGCAACUGAGGUCACCAUAACUGAUUCCACCACAACUGAUACUACAACUUGUGCCACAACAGAUGCCACCAUAUCUAAUGGUGCUACGAUUGAUGCCACCACAAUUGAUGUUGCAAUUAAUGCUGUCACUGUCACCACUGUUGUUACCACUACAACUGAUCUUACAACUGACCCCACCAAGACUGAUGAUGCUACGAUUGAAGCUACAGCUGAUGCUACCACUCCUGAUGGUGCUUUAGUUGAUACCACCACAGCAGAUGAUACAAUUGGUGCUACAACUGAUAGUACAGCUGCUGCCACCACAACUGAUGCUAGAAUUGAUGCCACCAUAACGGGUGUUAUUGAUAUCACCACAAUUGAUGGUGCUACAGCGGGUGCCACCACAAUCAACGGUGCUACAACCGAAGCCACUGCUACUUAUGGUGCUACAACUAAUGCCACCACAAUCAAUGGUGCUACAACCGAUGCCACCACAAUCAAUGGUGCUAUAACCAAUGCCACCGCAACCGUUGGUACUACAACCAAUGUCACCACAGUCAAUAGGGCUACAACCAAUGCCACCAUAAUCAAUGGUGCUACAACUGAUGCCACCACAACCGUUGCUACUACAACCAAUGCCACCACAUUCAAUAGUGCUACAACCGAUGCCACCACAAUCAAUAGUGCUACAACCAAUGCCACCACAGUCAAUAGUGCUACAACUGAUGCCACCACAAUCAAUAGUGCUACAACCGAUGCCAACACAACCGAAGAUGCUACAACCGAUGCCAUCACAACCAAAAAUGCUCCAACCGGUGCCACCACAAUCAAUAGUGCUACAACUGAUGACACCACAAUCAAUAGUACUACAACCAAUGCCACCACAGUCAAUAGUGCUACAACUGAUGACACCACAAUCAAUAGUACUACAACCAAUGCCACCACAGUCAAUAGUGCUACAACUGAUGACACCACAAUCAAUAGUACUACAACCGAUGCCACCACAACCAAAGAUGCUACAACCGAUGCCACCACAACCAAAGAUGCAACAACCGAUGCCACCACAACCAAAGAUGCUACAACCGAUGCCACCACAACCAAAGAUGCAACAACCGAUGCCACCACAACCAAAGAUGCAACAACCGAUGCCACCACAACCAAAGAUGCUCCAAGCGAUGCCACCACAACCAAAGAUGCUCCAAGCGAUGCCACCACAACCAAAGAUGCUCCAAGCGAUGCCACCACAACCAAAGAUGCUCCAACCGAUAGCACCACGACCAAAGGUGCUAGAUAUUUAUAA